GGAACUCCUAAAAACGAAACCAAUCAUAGUUGCCUUUUCGAUAUCAAUCCACAAUCGUCAUAUGAUUGUAACAUAUUGAAAAAUCAAGUUUACAAAAUCACUUCCCGUUAACCAAAUAAUAAUAAAAAAAAAAAACGAAAUGCCAAAAAAAGUGAUCACAAGGCGUCAACGCAAAGCUGCAGAGUCCCGGCUAAGGGCCACAAAGGAAGCAAGUCAGAAGAAUUGGCCCAGGAUAAUAGAAGUUAUACCGAUUCCCCCAAUCUCUCGUUCGACUAAUUCAACUAGCUCAAAGGAAACAUACUCAAAGAAAAAAGAUAUAGGUAUGUCCCAGACGACUUUAGAUGGAAAGAAUGAGAAGGAAAAAACUCCGUCUUUGGAACAGUCAAUCCACGAAUCCGAAAAGAAAAUUCAGCUGUGUGAUGCUCUGCAAAAAAUUCGAUUAACUAGUCACAAGAAAACCUUCUUGUCGGAAAUAAAAAAGAAGGCUUUUGACGCGGAACAAUUCCAAAAUACCACUUCAUCCGGAUAUGAUAAGGACAAUAAAUUUAUUGCACUGGUUCCAAGGAACACCAAUAAAGGGGCCAAUAAAACUCCAAACUCCAGCGUGCCAUUGAUGUCCAAAUUUUGCGAACAAAUUAAGUCGCACUUCCACUCUGUCCUGCCGACACGAAACCUACUCUGUUCAAAAUCCCCAAUUCCGAUGGAAAAGGAACCUGAUCACGGUGCAGAUUUGCUGUUGCCACGACCAGUUUUCAAUAACCUGGAGAAUGAAGUUAAAGUCAAAUGCUUCAAGCCUUCUGAGCUAGCUAGAAAUCCCAAACCGCCUAUUAGGAUUUUUGGCAUAACAGGCUUCUUUGUCCUAACUGGUACCAAUGCUCAGUUGUCUUUUCACAUCGGCCAACUUGCGAUCAGAGGCGUUAGUGUCCAAUCAUGUAUACAUCUGCAAACCGAAAUGAUGGAUAAGGUGGAGGAACAACUCGCUAAGCUGACUAUGGACCGCAAAAGAAUCCUCAACAAAAUGCAUAACAAGCAUGCAACACUUGCACAACGUCGAGCUCCGCCAGAGACACAUCAUCAGGGUAAAAAUUAAACAUAGGCAUUGACAUUAAAAUUAAAUUACAAUGUAAAUAAAUACCGAAACCGGAAUAAAAAUGUAGCUUUAGAAAGCCUU